AUGAAGUCAGCGAAGUCGAAAACACGACUAAACGAGAUACGAACACCAGCUAGAAGUCGACAAAACUUAAAUGGGGAACGCGAUCCCGUGCAAGUUUAUUGCCGUUUACGACCGAUGCAAAGGGAGACCGAUAUAUCCUGUAUGAAAAUACUAUCGCCUACUACGGUGCUACUAACACCUCCAUCUACAGCUCUGAGUUACAGAAAUGAAAAUAUAAGAAGUAUGAAAUACACUUUCAAAGAAGUGUUCGCGCCUGAGACCUCGCAACAAGAAGUGUUUGAUAAAGUCGCUUUGCCGCUCGUAGAAGGCCUUAUUAAAGGUAAAAAUGGUUUAUUAUUCACCUACGGUGUCACCGGCAGCGGUAAAACGUUUACCAUGACCGGGGAACCUCAAAAUUGCGGCAUUCUGCCUCGAUGCCUGAACAUAAUUUUUAAAACUAUAAACGAUUACCAGGCUCAUAAAUACGUUUUCAAACCGGACAAAAUGAACAUGUUCGAUGUUCAAAACGAAGCGGAAGCAAUGUUGGAGCGGCAACAGGAACUCCACAAAUUCAAAAGUGGUAAAAAGAACAAUUCAAAUCCGGAUUUAGCCAUGUCAUCAACGGAUAUUACUAAAAUCGAUGGGAUCAAUGAAGAUAACCAAUACAGUGUUUUUGUCACCUAUGUAGAGAUAUACAACAAUAGUGUCUUUGAUUUACUUGAAGAUGGACCACCAAAUACUAAACACUUACCUGUAAAGAUUAUACGAGAAGAUGCUGCACACAACAUGUAUGUCCAUGGAGUUACUGAAGUUGAAAUUAAAUCAGCAGAAGAUGCUUUUAAUGCAUUCUACCUAGGCUUGAAGCGUAAACGCAUGGCUCAUACAAAUUUGAAUGCGGAGUCAAGUCGGAGUCACUCGGUCUUCACAAUCCGACUAGUGCAGGCACCAGUAGAUGAAGUUGGUGAAGCAGUUAUUCAAAACAAGAAGUUCCUUUCCAUUAGUCAGCUCAGUCUAGUUGACUUAGCAGGCAGUGAACGGACAAACAGGACAAAAAAUACUGGACAGCGACUGCGAGAAGCUGGUAACAUCAAUAAGUCUUUAAUGACCCUCCGAACUUGUAUGGAAAUGUUGAGAGAGAAUCAAGUUAAUGGUACCAACAAUAUGGUGCCAUACAGAGAAUCAAAAAUCACACACUUGUUCAAAAACUUUUUUGAAGGAGAAGGGCAAGUCCGAAUGAUAGUGUGUGUCAAUCCAAGAGCUGAAGACUAUGAUGAGACACUUCAAGUUAUGCGAUUUGCAGAAAUGGCUGCUGAAGUGGAAGUAACCAAACCACAAAUACAUGAUGUUGCUGCUUCUAUAGGACUUAUGUCAGGACGGCGCAAGGCUAAUCGACUCUUCAACACUGCUAGGGAUCAUAUAGCUAGACCGGAAGCUAAAGAUCUGGAGUUGGAUUUAGGUCUUGUUUAUAGCCUAGGACCUGACUUUCCAAGUCUUGAGUUAAAUAGUUCUCAGGCUUCGCAUAUUAUUAAGGAACUAGUGGCACAUUUGGAGAUGCGAUUAUCAAGAAGAGAAACUUUGAAAAGGAGUAAAGCACUUAAGGACGAAAGGCUACGUUCAGCACUCUUGGAAUUGGAAAAAGAGUCUCUUGAGGUCCGGAGUGAAAAUUCUUCACUACGAGCUCAACUGGCUGCAUCCGAGAGACGUGUCAGGGCUUUAGAAGAACGUCUAACUGUUACUGAAUCUGCUUCCAUAUCUCACCAACGAAAACUUGCUGAAAUGACCGAAUACACAUCCACUCUAAAACGUGAGUUACAAGAAAAAGACCUACUUCUCAGCCAAUACAAGCUUGAGAAGGAAAAGCAGAAGAAGAUUCUAGAACGCAAAUACAAUAAUAAAAUUAUGGUCCAAACUGAAAAAGCUAAGGAAAUUAUAAGCGAGAAAGAGCGACUACGCAAUGUCGUUGAAGACAAAGAGAACCGUUUGAGAAUCAUUGCUGAAGCCCUAAACCAGAAUGACCGUGGUGAUAACAUUCAUAACUUAGAUAUAAUGCGAAGUGAUAUGGCAGCUCAGACUAGUGUUCGUGACUUUACCCCUGGGUCGACUCCGAGAGCUCUACCAGCCCAUCUUUUAACUCCUUUCAGUCAACAGACUAGUCACACACCAGCAUCUUCCCGUAGAGGAGUUGCUGUGGCUAAUCCGAGGCACCGUAGAUCCUUAUCAGCUGAUGGGAAAGGCUGGGUUGAACACGCUCCAAGCAAAAUGGUACCAAUGGGUACAGUAAUGAAACCUAGUAUAAGCAGCUCAAAAGUGGUCAAAAAGUUAACCAGUGUCAAAGAUAUUGCAAAUUCGAAGACUUCCAAAUAUUGUUUGAUUUCUCAAGAACAAGAUACAGAUGGUGAGCUGGAAACUAAGUUGUACAAGGGAGACGUCGUCCCCACUUGUGGUGGAGGUGCUCAAGUGAUAUUUAAUGAUGUAGAAAUGUUAAAACAGUUCUCUCCAACUCGAGAAAGCUCGGGUACAAAUAGAGCAUCAGCAUCUUGUGCUAGACACUCUGGAAAGAGACGGGAACCAACUAUUUCUCCACCACAAACACCUUCGAAUACGAGCAAAAAACAACGAGUUGACGAAGAUUAAAUAGGUACUUUGUAUUAUAGGAAUUUCCAGAUUACAAGAACGCCAAAUACCCAGUGAUACAAAGCUUUUGGGGCUUAUAAGAUAUAAAGCCUAUAUCUAAGUAAUAUUUCGGAUUAUAUAUGAUGUUUAAUGGACAAUAACCUCUAUUGACAGUUAAGUAACAUAUGUUUCACUACAAACAUAUUGGAUAUGGCAGUUGUUAAGCAGAGAGAAUAAAUAUUGUCCUGCAACUUUUACAUAUUCAAUUUUAUAUAUAUUAUUCACUUUUCAUACAAACUGAUGGUACAGGGUUUCUGUUUCCAAAAAUGAAAUUAUAAUUGUAUCUCUUUAACCAACUUUGUUUUUGUAUCUGGAAAUCUUUAUCAAUAUUGUUUAAUAUAUUAACAUUACUUGAUUGUAUUGCAUAUAUUUAAAACUUGAACUAUCAUUACAUUUAAACUUUUAAAAGUUUGGUAAACCAUUUUCUUUGACUGUGAUUUGAAAGCUAUUUGCUCUUAAAGUACAAUUUUGUAAGAAUAACUAGGAACAAUUACUAUUAUAUUCAGAUCUGUUAUUACUUUAGAUUAAUUUUUUAUAAAUCAUUGUUUGUCUACUUAACAAAUAAUGUUCAUAGUUUAGGGCGUCUUCAAAUUAGAUGCAUAUAGCAUAGGGAUGCAUUGACAUUGCAGCCGCCCUGAUACCAAUUUUCGUACAAUACAUAGCGCUUUUAUCAUCGAGUAUAUAACCAGAAAUAAAGACGAAAUGUCAUGUAAUUUGUUUGAAAUCUAUUCUACCAAAUCAUUACUGUGACAACUGCGCUCCGAUUGGCCAGC